CAGUUUUUAGACGGAGGUAAAGUAAGCUACAAAAAGUACUUCCUUGCUACUUCAUCAAUGCCGUCAAAAGAAUUUUGCCCUGUGACACAGUUGGUACUUCAGAUUCUAUUCGGGGCAAUUCUCGCUUCUACUACGUCAUCUCAUCGGCAUCGCGUUCCAAUAAUUGAUCUUGGCGGCGCAGAUGAAUUAGUUGGCACUGUUCGAGAGGAUCGUACCAUAGUCAAUGUUAUUCCCAAAUUAGACAUUGUUCACGAAACUGGUCCUGUAUGCCGAUAUGAAGUUACAAGCGAAAGUUCUGAAGAUGUGCCAUUUAUGGUUGAUAUAAACGAUGAAAAGGAAGGAUCGGGUAUUGUACGAAUAAAGGAUGACAUACAUUUAGACUGUAGUAACCCACCGUAUCUUCUUAAUGUGGUAGCGAUCCGCUGUGGUGAUGGUGCCAGAUCGGAAAGCGCACGGUUACGAAUCUCCGUGAAGGAUACAAAUGAUCACGUACCAGUAUUCUCACGCCCGUGGUACACCUUUAACAUCAAUGAAGGAAAAAUUUACAGCGAAUUAGCUCGAUUGCAAGCAACUGAUAAGGAUUGCGGUCAUCCUUAUGGACAGAUAUGUAGAUAUCAGAUCACAAAUGCGCUGGACGGAUUUCCCUUUGCUAUCGAUGACCAGGGUGUUCUACGGAAUACGCGACCACUAAACUACACUCAAGCCAAAUCUUACAUUCUGACAGUUGUCGCUCACGACUGCGGAAUGCGCCAAUCCAAAUCAACCCUUGUCACUAUCAAUGUUCAUGAAGCUUGUGUAGAUGGUAUCCACGGUAUCCCAGAACAAGUGACUUACAUUCCUGGGUCUGGAAGUGUCCCGAUUGCACCAAAUGCACAUAUCGUCACCUGUGCGGAAGCACAAUCGUGUACCUUGAAAAGUGUGAAAAGCAUUCUAACACUGCAAACUGAUCGUUUGACAAAUGGAUGCGACCGCGAUGAUUUUGUUCCGGAAACAAUUCGGAACAAAUGUGGAAUGGACGAAUCAACAAUUACUCUGUUAGCGGCUACCGAUGGUGGUGCAACUGAUAACAAUGUGAUAAAUGACAAAUACGCUUUUGAUGGAAAGUCGACUUCAAUGAUUGUACCACAGAAAAGAGUGGAUGAUGUCAUUCCACUGAAGUUUACGUUAACCUUUUCGAUGAAACAUGCUCGUGGUAAUAAAGAAGAACAAGCGCUUAAACAAACAAUUCUAUGUGAAAGCGAUUAUAUGAGCAUGAAUCGUCACCAUUUUGCGGUUUAUACGCGUCACUGCAAGCUGGAAAUGUUGAUGCGUCGGGAAAGUAAUGCUGAAGCUGCAUUCCGUGCUGCCGAAUGGCGGUGGAGCAUACCGGAAGUUUGCGACAAUCGUUGGCAUUCAUAUUCCAUCCUGUUUGCUUCAGUUGAUGCGGUUGAUUUGUACGUCGACGGUCGUAAAUUUGUUACAACGAAAGAGAAUCCAGAAAUACUGGAUGAUUGGCCACUGCAUCGUAUCAAAGAGACGAAAACUCGUCUAGUUGUUGGAGCAUGUUGGCAUGGUCGUAACCAGAUAAUGUCUCAGUUUUUCAAGGGGCAUCUAGCUUCCAUCUAUUAUUUGCCACACAAACUUGAACGGCCGCAAGUUCUUCAGUGCUCCCACCAAUGCAAGGAGAGGCUGGAAUUCAAUUCCAUCGAUCAGUUGGUCCCAGGAGAGAAUGCAAUCUUUGCCACGGAUUCAUCAUCUUUCUCCUUGAAAGCGAAUACUGCUGAAGAUUUAUCACUGUUACUUCAACGAGUUACGUAUACAAAUACGAAAAAUAUACCGACACCUGGGUAUCGUACGUUCUUCAUCAAUACAACCGUUCUAUGCGCCGAUGGGAAAACGCUUACUCUUAAUCCUAGUGAAGGUUCCAUAUUCAUCCAGCGAAAAGCUGAACCCGUGAUUUCAAUCAGUGGAUUAUCAGUUGUGAAUAGUGAUCAACAUCUCGUAAAGACGGGUGCACCAAUGCUUCCCGAAAUCAAAAUCGUCGUGACUCAAAACAUCAAUGGAGAAGAGGUUGAACGGACGAGCGUAUCGGAACUUGAUUGGUGUAAAGUCCAUUUAAAACCAUCACGAGAUAUGGAUCUCGAAUAUUUUUCAUCUCCUGCUUCGUUAAUUGCUGCUCUUCGAAUUGAUUUUGAACAUGAUAAACAAGGUAUUUUACUGAAAGGUAAAGAGAACGUUAAAGGUUACCGAGAAAUUUUGUCAAAAAUUCACUACUUUAAUACUCGAGCUGACUCAUAUUCAAGGAGAAUCUAUACUGUACAAUGUGCAAUGAGUGGUGGUCGGAUACUUAGCAAUGAAUUCCUCGUUACGAUGAAUAUUAAUACAUCGCUACAAUCAACCGACUCAGCAGUUACUGAGAAUCUGAAUGAUGAUGAAGAAGUGCAAGUGGAUCCUACAUUCGAUCGAAUUGGUGGAAAUCGACUGCAAAAUUUACUAGAAAUGGAUUUGCCACGGCCGAAGGCAUUGAUGUCAAAUCACAGAUACGGUAUGCAAGGUGCUAUAGCAGGAGGAGCAGUUGCUGUAGUCGUUGUUUUAUGCGUUGGUUUCCUUCUGGUUAUGCUAGUGAUUGGAGUACUCAAAGUCCGUGAUACUCCACUUGUUUCAAGACGACGACGCAACCGGCGAAGCACUGAAGGAGCAAUGGAAUGGGAUGAUAGUGGUAUGAAUAUAACCGUAAAUCCACUGGAGGAAGUCAACAAAAAUGGCGUUGAUUUUUCCGACGAAGAAGAAAGCUCCGAUGGCGGUGAAAGUUUUCGUGAUGAAGGUUUGACAGAAGAUGAAGAUGCUGGGCAUGUACUUCCUCAUGUCGAUAAUGAACGACAGAACAGAAGUUUGGAAUGGGAUGACACAACUUUAACAAACAUUUCACGUACCUAUCGCGUAUAAAAAGAAGACUCACUUAAAUAGUCAAAUUAUAUUACGCUGAACAUUUGAUCUGAUUUUUCCGGUGUUCCUACACCAUUACUAAAUCCCACUUAUUCCGCAAAAAACUUCCCUAUCAAUUAGUACGUAAUUGUUCUCAUCAUGUUGAGUUAUACACCUAAGCAAUAAUUUAUUAUCGUUUAAUAAUUUCAAAAUCGUUCAUCCCUUAAUCAAAUCACCCUAUCCUAAGCAUUUAAAGCAGUAGUUCAUAUUGUGUAUAUGUUUGUGCAUGUGUGCCAUCUUAAUUUAUA